CACAAGCCCCUACCGAGUGCCCCCUCCAUUCACCGUGCGAGCAGUUUUCACUCCGUGUGUGACCUGCAGUUGGAUGCAACACUUCACCUGACUUGGAUACUGCUGAUGCCGAGACAGACUUUACAUUGGUGAAAUCUUUCAUGCACGUGCAACUAAUGAUCAUCGUGAUAAUUUCCAGCUCAUUUGACGGCGAGCACUAAAUCCCACAGAAUCCACACCUCUGUUGUGCUCAUCACCUUCGACGCCUAAUGAUUUCAGUUGCUCAAGAGUUGAAGUCCCUUGAUAAUAUAUAAGUUUACUCAGAAAACAUUGUUUUUUAUAAAAAUGGCACAAGGGAGGAUUUGUUCACCCUUUCGUCAUGUGGCGAUGGUUUUUAUGACCCUUUGGCUCGCCGAAGCAGCACAGCAGCGCAGCGAGUGUCCUCAGCUGUGUGUUUGUGAAAUCCGCCCAUGGUUCACACCACAGUCAACGUACAGAGAAGCCGCCACUGUGGACUGCAAUGAUCUGCGGCUGACCAGGAUCCCGAGCAACCUCUCUGCGGACACCCAGGUGCUCUUGCUACAGAGCAACAACAUCGCCAAGACCACCAACGAGUUUGAGCAGAUGUUAAACCUCACCGAGCUCGAUCUCUCGCAGAAUAACUUUACCAUUAUUCAAGACGUGGGCUUGACCAACCUGACUCAGCUCACCACUCUCCACCUGGAAGAGAACCAGAUUGCAGACCUGCCUGAUUAUUGUUUGCAGGAUCUCGCCAGCCUCCAGGAGCUCUACAUCAAUCACAACCAGAUCAGCAGCAUCUCGGCCAAAGCCUUCUCUGGUCUGAGGAACUUGUUGAGACUUCACCUGAACUCCAACAAACUGCGUGUCAUUGACAGCCGUUGGUUUGAGUUUACGCCGAACUUGGAGAUCCUCAUGAUUGGGGAGAACCCAGUCAUCGGGAUCCUGGAUAUGAACUUCAAGCCUCUGUGCAAUCUGCGGAGUUUGGUUUUAGCCGGCAUGGAGCUGACGGAAAUCCCCGGCAAUGCCCUAGUGGGCUUGGACAGUCUGGAGAGUCUCUCUUUCUAUGAUAACAAGCUGGGCCGGGUGCCUCAGCUUGCACUUCAGAAGGUGCCCGCUUUGAAAUUCCUGGACUUGAACAAAAACCCUGUUCACAAAAUUCAAGAAGGCGAUUUCAGAAACAUGCUUCGCCUGAAGGAACUUGGUAUCAACAACAUGAUUGAGCUGGUUUCCAUAGACAGGUAUGCCUUGGAUAAUCUCCCUGAACUUACAAAACUGGAAGCCACAAAUAACCCUAAACUGUCUUACAUUCAUCGCUAUGCAUUUCGGGAAGUUCCUUCCCUUGAAAGCCUUAUGCUCAAUAAUAAUGCAUUGAAUGCGCUUUAUCAAAAGACCGUGGACAACCUUCCAAAUCUGCGUGAAGUCAGCAUUCACAGUAACCCCAUCAGGUGCGACUGUGUUAUUCAGUGGAUGAGUUCGAACAAGACGACCAUUCGCUUCAUGGAGCCUCAGUCUAUGUUUUGUGCGAUGCCUCCAGAGUACAGAGGGCAACAAGUCAAGGAGGUCCUCCAGCAGGAGACUGCUGAACAGUGUCUACCCAUGAUUGCACAUGAGACCUUUCCAAAUCACCUGAACGUGGACGUAGAUAUGACCGUGUCCUUGGAUUGCCGCGCCAUGGCAGAGCCCGAACCUGAGAUUUAUUGGGUCACGCCACUUGGCAGUAAGAUCACUGUGGACACCCUCUCGGAUAAAUAUAAGCUGAGCACCGAGGGGACCCUUGAAGUUUCUCACAUUCACAUCGAGGAUUCUGGCCGAUACACUUGCGUGGCCCAAAACUCUGAGGGAGCGGAUACAAGGGUUGCAACCAUUCGAGUCAACGGAACCUUAUUGGAUGGAACUCAGGUGCUGAAAAUCUACGUGAAGCAAGCAGAAUCGCAUUCCAUCUUGGUUUCGUGGAGAGUGAACUCCAAUGUCAUGACCUCGAACUUAAAAUGGUCGUCAGCCACCAUGAAGAUCGACAACCCCCACAUCACAUACACUGCAAGGGUUCCAGUCGAUGUCCACGAAUAUAACCUGACCCAUCUCCAGCCAUCCACAGAGUAUGAGGUUUGUCUAACCGUGGCCAAUAUCCACCAGCAGACUCAGAAAUCGUGCGUCAACGUCACCACAAAAGGGGUGGCGUUCUCGCUGGACAUUUCUGACCAAGGAACAAGCACUGCCCUCGCCGCCGUGAUGGGCUCAAUGUUUGCCAUCAUUAGCAUCGCUUCAAUCGCUGUUUACACCGCCAAGCGCCUCAAGCGUAAGAACUACCACCAUUCGCUGAAGAAGUACAUGCAGAAGACCUCCUCCAUUCCGUUGAAUGAGCUCUACCCGCCGCUUAUAAAUCUAUGGGAAGGGGAGAGCGAGAAGGACAAAGAUGGCUCAUCUGACGUGAAGCCCACACCCGUCGACACAUCGAGAAGCUAUUAUGUGUGGUAAAGGGAGGACAUUUUUGCUUCUAGUUAAAGGGAGCACAAGACUUUUUUUGCUUUUAUCUGCAAAAGUGAAAGUUCAGAACCUUUUUUGUAUUUUGACUUUGCUAACUUGUGGCAGAGCUGUGAGAACAGGUGGAUAUUUCAGACUUUUAGUAUAGCGUAUCGCCUUUGUUUGACUUUUUUUUUUAAAGAAGGCAGCUCAAUUUAUCUUGCUAAAUGCCUCAGUUACUGUGCUUGAAUGUUCCUUUCUCUCCCCAUUGCAGAACUCCCCCAAAAUAAAUUGGUGGUAGGCCAGGUACAUGCUUUUAAAAGAACGACAAGCUUUGGAGGGGGCACUCAUUCACUAAAAGCUGUUUACCUUAAUUAUCAGUUACUGAUGCAUUUCCAUGUUAUAGUUUUUUUUUAGAAUCUUGAAGCUGACACAUGGAAUUAGAUCCUCUUCAUUCUUCUAUUGAAUGCUGUUAGCUAACUAAAUUGUAUUGUUGUAUCAACUAUAAUUUGCUCUUUUCUUGAAGUUGAAAGCCCAAACACCUGUAAAUUUUAUUUGCCACCUUUUUGCGUGAAUUACUUUUACAACUUAGAAAAAAUGUGUGGUUAAUAUUUAAUAAAACGGUAAUAGAAUAAAGUGCUUUAAAAAUGCUACAUAAAAAAGGUACAUUUAGGUGAUUUUACUAAGGGACUUUUAGCUGCCAGGGUUUUCUGAAUGUCUCUAACUGCAUUUAGUAUCUAUAGUUUAACAUAAUGAAUUUUAUUGUGAGAAGUAGAUUGUAAAAUGAGGACAAAACUACAUUAAAUCAGUUUUGAUCUUGAUUUUUAUAGAGCUUUGAGUCUCUGAUUAAAGUGUUCUUCUUUGAGGUUGUUCCCAUUGCCUCUGCAGAUUUCCUACACAGUGUGACAUUUGACAAAUUGAGGUCCUGUCGCUAAUUCCCCCUUGAUCGCAGAGAAAGAAUUAAGCUCAUCAUUGAAAGUGGGUCUGACACCUGGCAACUUCAAUGAAUCAGUUCAUAUAAGAAGGUUAUUGUGGAAUUGGGGCCAGUACUGAUGAAGUAUAAUUUUUCAUGGUAGGAACUAAGGUUAAAUAAUCCUUAAUCUCCCCUUAAAUGAGUAUUAAAAGGGGGGAAAAGGUAGCUCUGAAUAUUUAUAGAAGUCCCCUUGAAUGAAACCUGAGAGGUUGACCAAUGCUUGAGCUCAACAUGCUUUGGUGCUGCUUUUUAGCCCUUUAGAUAAUUAAGUAAUGUUUCUUAGUAGAAAAUAACAAACCUUUCUAUGGGCUUCAUUUAGUUGGCCAUUUUGCUUCUACAUGCCUUCCUGCUGCCAGAAUUGAAAUGUAAACGGAAGCUUUUGAGCCCUAACUGAAUGCAAUGUCUAUGAUUUUGACCGCGGCAAUAAUCUUAAAAUGCGCAGGAAUUUUUGACAGUCCCAACAGGGUUUUGCAGGUUUAUUAUCAUUAACAAGUGUUCCCAGUAUUGGCAAUCAACGGGUUCUUCCCUCACCACAAAUUAAUAAGAUAAAGAUACAGAAGAAAGGACAUUUUGCCACAUGACCCUUUUUUUUAUUAAGAGGCAGUUGAAUGAUCACCAGUAAUGGUCCUUGAAAAUGGUGUAAAUUGCUCAUUCUAAGAUUCCCUCCAGUCUAGUUUCAGUCAAAAAUCACUGAGUCAAGCACUUGUGCAUCUAAACUUUAUUUUGACAAAACACAAUUACAAUUCCAACUACUGUACCUAACCACCGUGGGUUCGAUCCUCAUGUCUGCCUGAUCAAGCCCUCUUGGCCUUGCUCAAACAGAGACACUCCAGGAGGUCAUGCAGUCCCAAAUGUUCUCCCAGAAGAUCGACACAGGACUUCGUGGGAGCGGACUUUUAUAGGUCCCCAAACUUCAAGCGGUCGAACCACAUGGGGGUGGUCUCUUUACAAUCCAAUAACAGAUAUCAAUUAACUCCGUACAUGACAGGCAUUUCCCUAACCAAAUAAUACAGUGGCUAAUACAUUGUAUUCAAACAGUGUUUCUAGGAGAAAACAAACAUCGCGACAUGUGCCUGAUAUGCAAGAAAACCAGACAAGGCUCAAUACUUAAUCCAAUCAACAUCCAGCAAAGUAAAGCUUUGCAACAUUAUUUACAAUGGUUUGCAUUCAUCCAAUCCAUUCUACACAUUUUGCACCUAAUUGUCAGGGUCUGCAGAUGUUCCCAUUCUCUUCCUGCAGCUCUGAUCUAGGCUCUAGACCAACUGGCACCAUUCAGCAGCUUGUCCCAUUUCUACAGAAGGCACUUUUAAAUUGACCAAAUGGCCUAGCAGCCCAGAAGCCUUUACUCAAUUUUAGUGUCCUAGCCUCUCCAAUU